GUUCUCCCAGUUUUUCGUCCCUUGGAGCGCAACUUCCAUCUUCGAAAUCGUUCGUCAACGGUCGUCGAUUGGGUUGUAUUCUUUGUCGUCGUCAUGUCGCAACUCGAGAAGGGUUUGGAGGGUCAGGAGGAGAAAGUGGUGAGGGAGAAGAGUCCCUCGCCGACGGUAGAGUCUGUGCCCUCUGCCGUUUACUCGGAUAAGUGGACGAAGAGGCUAUUGAAGUUUGGAGUUGAAGAUCGAGGAAUUCAGCCUGUACCAGAAGAAAGACGCACCGAUACCCAGUUCUUCAAAGUGUUCUUUAUCUGGUUUUCUUGGAACAUCAACAUCUUGACUUUCUCGGCUGGAACACUCGGACCUGUCGUCUUCGGCCUGAGUCUGAGAGACACAUGCCUAAUCAUCCUGUUUUUCAGUAUGUUUUUCUGCAUUUUCCCCGCCUAUGUUUGCACAUGGGGGCCGAAACUGGGAAUGCGAACCAUGGUCAUUUCCCGAUACUCCUUCGGCUAUUAUGGCGUUAUCCCCCUAUCCGUCUUCAACCUCAUCACUAUGCUCGGUUUCUCGGUUCUGAACGCGAUUUUGGGAGGACAGGCGCUUGCUAGCAUCACAAACGGCUUGAGUUGGACUGUGGGGAUUGUCGUGAUUUCGUUGAUUUCGCUACUAGUCUCGUUUGGUGGAUACAACGUUCUCAACUGGUACGAGCGUAUCGCAUGGAUACCCGUCGUUAUCACUUUCAUUAUUGCGCUGGGUAUUGGAGGGAAGCAUUUGUCGAGUCCGCCGGCUGCGGAGCCUGCGACUGUGUCCUCUGUCCUGAGCUUUGCUUCGACGCUCGCUGGCUUCGCCAUCACCUUUACCGGAGUUGCUACCGACUUUGCGGUUUACUAUCGCCAUGAUGUGUCUGGAUGGAGGAUCUUCAUCUACUCCUACAUUGGACUGCUGGUUCCGAUUGUUACCCUCCAAUCUCUCGGUGCUGCCGUCGCAGUCGCAGCUUCCACAUCCGUACCAGAAUGGCAACAAGCUUAUGAAGGAGGAGAUGUGGGCGGGCUGCUUCACGCGAUGCUUAGUCCCGUAGGAGGAUUCGGCAAGUUCUUGACUGUCCUACUUGCCCUCUCCGUAGCAGGCAACAUCUGCGCGACCGCCUACUCUGCCUCCAUCACCCUCCAGGCAUUCGCCCCUUGGCUCGUUGUCGUACCAAGAUACGUCUUCGCGAUUAUCACAACUGGGAUUGUCGUCGCCCUGGCUAUUCCAGGAGCACACCGAUUCUACGACACCCUCGUCAACUUCCUCGGUCUAAUCGGGUACUGGGCAUCCGCCUUCAUCGCCGUCCUCCUCGUCGAGCACCACUACUUCCGAAAGAACGAUCCGCGCAACUACGACGCCGAGUCCUGGGACACACCCAGCAAGCUACCAUCGGGCAUUGCGGCUAUUGCUGCGUGCCUCAUGUCGGUCGCCUUGAUUGUACCGUGCAUGCACCAGGUGUGGUUUACGGGACCCAUUGCGGAGAAGACGGGUGAUAUUGGGUUUGAGGUUGCGUUUGUUAUUACGGUGAUCUUUUAUGUGCCGUUUAGAAUGAUUGAGAGGAGGAUACAGGGGAGGUUGUAG